UCUGCAGGACUUAGGGCCCGGAGUUUCUCUGAGGUUCUCUUUCUCUCUUGCAGGUGCCCUGGACACCAGACUGUGGCAUGGCAGGGAGACGCUUCAGCCUGCUCAGGCUGCUCUGGAGGAAGAAGGAGGAGGAAACCCCUGGGGCUGCUCCAGCACAGCAGCCUGAAGAGGUGCAGCAGGUGCAGCCCCCGCAGGAGGAUGCAGGCCAGGAGCAGACAGAAGAGCAGCUCCGUGCCCGUGGCCGCUUCUGCAGGGCAGUACAGACAUUUAUGAAAUUCAUGGGCAGUCGGCGUAGAAAGGCCAGGAUCACACCAGCUGAUGUCCAGGCCCAGCCUGACACCAUCCCAACCCAGCUGACAAAGCCUGAUGUCAGCACUGCGUCGACUGCUGUCCCAGCAAAGUGUGACACCGCAACCAGUGAUCUCACAACCCACUGGGACACCACGUCCACCGAUGAUGUGUCACACUGUGACUCUGUGCUGCCUGGGCUCACGGAGGAGGCCGACGCCACAACGACGGAGGGCGUGGCGAGCACUGACGCCGCGCCUGUUCAGCGCCUGGCCGAUACCCCCAGCCUGGAGUUUCUUGAGGAGAGAGCUGUCUCUGCUGAAGUAGCCAUAACACCAGACGGAGACAUGCAGCAGAGACCCCCCACGGUGCCCAAGCUGGCCUGGGUGAAGGAGGAGGAGAAGGAGGAAAGCCCUAGGGCUGCUCCAGCACAGCAGCCUGAAGAGGUGCAGCAGGUGCCGGCCAUAGUCAGGUGCAUCCAUCAGUGGCUCACAUCCAAUGUGUCUGAUGAGCACAGGCUGGACAAGACUCUUGUCCUGCUGACCGAGGCACACCCCACGGAUGUUGCAGUGACCCUGCUGCGCUCUGCCCCAGCCUGUGACAGAGCUGCUCGCACCAUGUGGAAGACGCUCAUCUCCUCCAGAGGGACUAAGGAGCCGGUGCUGCAGAUCCUCUUCCAUGUGCUGGAAUACUGGCCAGCGCACAGGAGACGCACCUCUGAUGGGGAUGAGAGGGAUGUCUUUGCUCUGGCUGCAACUGUGGCACUCUGGGAGAUCCUCCAGCUGUCCCACUCCUGGUGCCCAGGGGGAGUGAAGGACAAUUUCCCGCGCCUCCUUCUGACUCUGCUCUUCCAAGUUUUCAUCAGCACAGAGGAGAUGUCAGAGGAGGUCGAGACCUUCUGGAGGCGAUGCCGGGAGCAGCGCAGCCUUCCCCCCAACCCCAACAGGUUUGCAGUGCAGACUGUUAAAGCCCUGCUGCGCCAGCUGCUGGGUGAGGACGUGUUGAUGGCGAUCGGUCGCAAGUGUGGCUGGGACGUGCUCCUCAAGGCUGACACCCACCACUAUGCAGUGGGUCUGCUGGCCAGGGAGCUGUGCCGUGUAUCCCACUCCUUCUGCCGCAGCAUCGCCAUCAGCCUGCUCCCGCGGCUCAGCAGGGGAGAGCCCCUGUGGGAACUGCCUGCCCUGGCGUUCCUGGUGGAGGUCCUGCACUGCCUGAACCCCAGACAAUAUGGGCCCAGCGUCCUGCAGAUUAUUUCCAGGCACCUGCGCAGUCAGUGCCCGGAGAGGCGUCGCCUGGCGCUCCGAGGCCUGGUGGUGCUCAGCAAGGCUCCCUCAAUGGCUAAGAGCAUCCGGAGCCUGAAUGAAAGCCUCCUGGAGCUACUGCAGGAUACAGACACAGAUACAGUUCAGAUGACCCUCUCUGUGUUCAUCAAUGUGCUGGGCUUGAAAAUCAUCCAAAUAUCCAGCCCAAUUGCCCUGAAGUUGCUUGAGGUGCUGCGGCCACUCUUUGACAACGAGCACAGCCAGCUGCAGCAGCUCUCCAUGCUCCUCUUCUGGGAGCUGAUGGAGGCGACAGAGAGGAGCAAGAGCCUAAAGCCACACGUGUACCUGAGUCUGGUGCCAUUCUACUUCAACUGGCACGAUGAGAACCAGCGUGUGGCAGAGGCCUCUCGGAGAGCACUGUUUGGUGCAGCCAAGUUCCUGAAGUGGAGGGAUCUUGAGCACUUGGUGACCAUGGAGCAGCCGUGGAGGUUUCCCGAGUGCCUGCUGGAAAAGGACAGGAGCCGAGUGGGCCAGUACGUGCACCAGGCCCUGCCGUUCCUGGAGAGCCCAGAGGAGCCCCUGCGAAAGCUGGCCAUCAAGUUUCUGGGGAUCGCCGCCAGGUCCAUGAAGCAGGAGCAGCCAGAGCUGCAGCUCAUCUGCCAGGCCCUUCAAGACAUCACUGAUGACAGCCCUGCCGUCUCAAACCUGGCCCGUGAAACGCUCCAAAUCAUCAGAGCUGUACGGAGAACUUCAUUCUUCCAUUUCUGGUAGUCUCCGUUGCUGCCUCUUCCAGCCCAUAGAGGUGUGACAGAUGACAUCAGACUCGCCAUGGCAGGCCUGGCAAUUCAACACUGCUACGUGCUGAGAACUGUACAGAUGGCUCCCUACUGCAGAUUCCAGCAGCUCCAAGACUGGCUGUGCAGGGCGUGGCAGACCCGGCCUUUUCUGCAGGGCAGUGUCUGCCUGUGCUGCUGCAGCUCUGUGGAGAACUGAUGCAGGAAGCUCCAUCUCCUGGAGCCAUCUGAGCCUGUGGGGAAGAUGCCUCUUCCCUGCAAGCACCUCCUUUGAGCCCAGCAUGGGAACAUGACCAACAUGUUAUCAUGC